UGCAAAAAUAUAAGUAACGCAAAGAGAAGGCUGGAACAAAAAAAAGUGUUAAUUGUACUUGAUGAUGUGGACAAUUCAAUGCUAUUAAGCAAUUUGGUUUUGGGACGAGGCAGUAGAGUCAUUGCAACAAGUAGAGACAAGCACGUUCUUAUUAGUGGAGGGAUUGAUGAAAAAUAUAUAUAUGAAGUUGAGGAGUUAAAUUUUAAAGAAUCACUUGAACUUUUUAGUAGACAUGCCUUCGGAAAAAUUCGUCCCAAUAUGGGAUAUGAAGAGCUAUCGAGAAGGACGGUAGAUAUUGCUAAAGGCAUUCCUUUAGCUUUAGAAAUUUUGGGUUCCCAUUUUCAUUCUAAGAAUAAAGAUUAUUGGGAAAGUGAACUUGAAAGACUCCAAAAGUGUCCCCUUCAAAGAAUUCAAAAUAUAUUGAAGGUGAGUUUUUAUGGAUUGCAUCCUAUGGAUAGGGAAAUAUUUUUGGAUAUUGCAUUCUUUUUCUUGGGAGUAGAAAAGGCUGAACUUACUUAUGCUUUAGAGGCUUGUCAUCUCGGAGCAAUCAGUGGAAUACAAAAUCUGAUAGAUAAAGCUCUCAUAAAGUUAGAUGGGCAUGACCGAAUUGUAAUGCAUGAUUUGAUACGAGAAAUGGCUGAGCAGAUAGUUCGUGAGGAAUGUAUGAAACAUCCUGAGAGACGUAGCCGACUAAAUGAUGAGAAUGAAAUAUGUGAUAUAUUGAAAAGUAACAUGGGAACUGAUGAAAUUGAAGGCAUGAUAUUGUUCGUGAACAGAAUAAAAAAUUUACAAUUGAGUGCUGACGCCUUCAUGAAGAUGAGAAAUUUAAGAAUUCUUAAAAUUUUGGAUUAUUCAAUGGGGCGGCCCAAUACACGUAUAGAGCUUCCUCAUGGUCUUGACUAUCUUCCUGACAAAUUAAGGUAUUUUUAUUGGGAUUAUUGUCCAUUAAAGUCUCUACCAUUCGGCUCCUAUCUUAAGAACCUUGUUGAACUUGACAUGCGAAGAAGCAAUGUUGAAAAGCUUUGGGAUGGAAAACAGGACCUUGAGCAUCUAAAGAAAAUAGAUUUGUCUUGGUCCCAACAAUUGAGAGAGUUGGCUGAUUUCUCUAUGGCGCGUAAGCUUGAAUUCGUAUAUCUUCGUGGAUGCAAGAAUUUGAGAACUAUUCAUCCAUCUAUUUUAUCACUCAACACUAUUGUUGAAGUGUGGGUAAAUGAUUGCCCGAAACUAGAGAGUAUUGAAAGUGAGACUCAUUUAGAAUCUCUCACAUUAGUCUGGGCUAGUGGUUGUGAUAACCUCAAGAAAUUCUCUCUGUCAUCGAAGAAAUUGAGAAAAUUAUAUCUUAAUAAGGGACAUAAACUCGAAAUAUUUCACUUGCCAAAUAGUCAUUGCACAGAACUUAGAACGCUUGAUGUUGAUGGUGAAGGAUUGAGGGGUCUUCCAAUGGAUGAGCUGCGUUGCUUGACAAAUCUUGAGAGGUUUUGUGUUGAUAAUUUCAAGCAAGAAAUUCACACAAUGGAGCUGCACUCCCUUUUUGAUGCUUGGCGUAAUUUAACAGAACUAUAUUUGGAGAGGUGGAGUUUCUUGUUAGAAAUCCCAGACAAUAUCAAACAUCUUUCAAACUUGAAACGCUUUUUCGUGACCGAGUGUAAAAGGCUGAAGUCCAUACUUGGACUUCCUCCCAUGCUUCUAGUACUGGGUGCCACUGAUUGCACUUCAUUGGAGACUGUGUCCUCCGACUCUCUAGUUUUGACACGGUGUGACUUUUACUUCCAUAACUGUGUGAAGUUGGAUGAGCGUUCGCAUGGCUUUAUUGAGGAAUUAACCCAUUCGUCAUUGACUUCACUGACUUUAGCCUCUAAUGAGGAUGGGCAUUAUUUUGCUUCAACUUGUUACCCAGGAAGCAGAGUUCCAAAGUGGAUGGAAUAUAGACCCAUGACGGAGGAUUCUAAUGCUAUCGAAUUUACUUGCAAUCCAAAACGAUCACACGACAUAUUAUUUUGCUGCGUUGGUCCUAGUCAAGCCGUCUCAAAGGGAUUCUUUUGUGGUGUUUACUGUGAAUGCUAUUGGGAUGACAACAAGAAAUAUCGCUUUGGUUAUUAUGAUCAUUACUGUGUUUCUCAUAGUCAUGAACUGAAUCAGGAUCAUGUUUUUCUAUGGUACAUUCAUAGGGGCUUAUUUGCUGCUAAGAUUUCAUGUGAAUUCUUUGCGGAAUUUUUGGAUGAACAUUUUUUCUCUGUCCCUGCAAAAGCAUGUGGCGUCCACGUGAUAUAUCACUAGGAGUCAGAGUCGGCGGGGUCUGAAAUCCCUCCCACAGAGCAACUCAACCAUUCUGCUGUCUUUCAACCUACUCUCGAGAGUUUUGGAAAUAACUUUGAUAUUUUGACAGGUUGUUCAGUUGUAGCACCUUGGUUGAGAAUGAGCAAUACCAAGCUUGGAAGAUUCUAGCACUUAUAUCAAAGAGACUGGUGGAACCUUUGGAUUUGUCAUCACUUCCUAAUAUCUUGCUAUCAGUGUGCUGGGACAACAAGUGGAGCCCAUUUCUUUCAAUUGCGCGUGGGAUUUCCCUCCCCUGAUGAUGAUCGUCCUCAAAAUAAUCCCUCCAUGAAUGUAUUUACUGAACAAUGUUUUUGGAAGCAAAUGAAUUAGCAGAGUCCCUGGAGCAUGCGUGUUUUUCCAUCAUCAGCUAAGGCGUUUGUCUUCAUAAAUUAAUGAUCAUCAAUGUCUUGUCUCAA